AUGGCUUUCGUACAAGACACAGGACGGAAAAGUAAGCGCUGCGUUUAUGAAUAUUACUAUAACCCUCAGACAAAGGUGACGACAUGGACGCGGCCUUCGGGAGGGACAUCAUCUUCAUCGUCGUCUUCUUCAUCCAGCAAACCGGAGCUCAAGCAAAAGACCAGCAGCUCUCCAGCUCUGCCUACAGGAGGAGCGGGACGAGGUGGUCUGCUGGCUCAGAUCCAGCUGGGAACAAGUCUGAAAAAGGUCAAUACAGUGGAGAAGACGUUGUUUGCUGAUCAUCCUAGUGGAGGAAGCAGUGGAGGUGAUAAGCUCACCAAUGGAGCUGCUGCACCAGUGGCAAAUGGAGGCGGAGGUAUGGGUGGCAUGAUGGCGGCAAUCAAGUCUGGAGGGAAAUUGAGGAAGGCGACUAGCUCAGCAGGUGCUGAUAAAGAGGGGAGCUACAGUGGAUCGAGCAGCACCAAUAACAGCGCUGGAGGCUUUGCGGAGAUAAUGCGGAAAAACCGCGAGGCGGCUGCGCGGAAAUCUGGAAGCAGCUCGGCCCCUCCCACGCAUCAUUCCAGCUCGGCACCUUCGACACCGCGUCAGGUGCCUUCCGCUACGAAUUCAAGGAGCUACGAGAAUGGCACUGGCUCAGUGGAGACGCGGUUAGCGGCAAUUGAGAGUAAACUCGACAAGAUUAUGGCACAUUUGGGUAUCAACUAA